UUGUUUUAUUAGGAUUAAAAGUGCCAUUUUUUGCGACGAGCAAAUUUUGCAUUUGCGAGGCGGAGCGAAGCGAAGCCGAGCGGAUGCAAAAUUGCGAGUCAAAAACUGACUUUUAAUCCGAAUGAAACAUACUACUUUUUCGCCAGCCAAAAAGUAAAUCUCAAAAAUACAAAAUAUUGAUAACAAUAAUAUCGAGCAGAAAUGAAUCAAUCUGCAAAGUAGUCUGGUAUCCACGUCGUCAAGGCUUUUUUUGUUUGCUUACAUACCAUUGUUUUGUGAAAACGUUUGCAGUGUUAAUAAUGAAUCCUGAAGAAGAGUUACCUCCCGAUGUGCUAGAAGAAGCACAAAACGUGGUACUGAACUUGUUACCAACAAAAUCGCGCGAAGUGUAUGAGUGCGCGUAUACCCGCUUCAUCAAAUGGUGCGAAGGGAAAAAGAUUCAAACUUAUUCUGAGAACGUCCUAUUGGUAUAUUUUUCCGAAUUGGCUACAAAAAUGAAGUCAUCCACACUGUGGUCGCAGUAUUCCAUGGUGAAAGCAACUUUAAAUAUAAAAAAUGGCAUAGAAAUCGGAAAGUAUUCAAAAUUAAAAGCGUUUAUAAAGAAACAAGGCGAAGGAUACGUUCCAAAGAAAUCAAGGGUUUUAACUAAUGAACAAAUAGAAGUUUUCUUAGACACGGCUCCGGAUUUCAAAUUCCUGAUGAUGAAAAUUGUUGUAAUCUUUGGCGUUAGCGGAGCUUGUCGGUGUCACGAACUAUUACAAAUAAAAACUGAAGAUAUUGAAAAUAUUAAAGCAGGUUUAUUGGUAAAAAUUCCUGAUACCAAAACGAAAAAACCCAGAUCAUUUACGGUUAUGGGGGAAAAGUAUUUGAAAUUUUACGAAAAGUAUGUUGCGCUUCGUCCAAAAAUGUUUAAUGAAGGUCGGUUUUUUAUUAAAUAUGUCGACGGAAUGUGCCAUCGACAAGUAGUUGGCAUUCAUAAAAUUAGUGGUGUACCCCAAGAAGUAGCCAAAUAUUUAAAGCUAGAAAACUUUAAAGAAUACAGCGGACAUUGCCUACGUCGGACUUCUGCCACGCUUUUUGUGGAUUCUGGCGGUGAUAUUACGUCCCUCAAGAGGCACGGUGGGUGGAAAUCUGACAGUGUAGCCGAAGGUUACAUAGAAGAGUCUCUUAAACACAAAAAAGAUGUAGCAAAAAAAAUUUUUCGUUUGGAAGAACCAGGUACAAGUAGUGAAACCACAAGUAAAAUACAUGAAGACGCAACGAAUAGGAAUGUGAGCGAAGUAAACCUAGAAGAAUCAGGUACAAGUAGUGGAACUACGAAUAGAAUGAUCACACGUGAAGACGGAAUAAGUAGGAAUGUGGGAGCAGUAAACCUGAAUUUUGACACUGUGACCAACCAGACAGCAGGAGCGGUAGAAGUGUUAGCGCAAAAUAUUAUUACUGACCGCAUGAAAAAUGAUAAUAGUGACGGAAAAUCUUUAAUCCAAAUCAAUCGCAGUUGUUCUUAUUGUACAUUCAAUAUUAAUUUUAAAAUUUAAAUAAUUAAUAACAAUGUAAGUUAAUAAUAAAAUUGGAAAAUAUUAA